UUGUCUGAGACCCUAGAGGAAGGAGGAUGUUCCUUUGCUGUCUUCGGACUACUCGAGGCUCAGGCCACAAGAAAAACAACAGGGAAGGCCGUGGUGGUGUCUGGAGGCGUAGGGUUCACUCUUCGCUUCGACACCUCUGGCCAUUUGCCAGAAAGAAAACAAACCACAAAGACCAGGGUGAGAAUGUAUCCGCCCCAGAAGAUCCGAGGGAGCACUGUACACAGUCACACGUCAGUGCCGACACAUUGAAAAAGCUGGUGAACCACUUGGUCCCUUCCCUGCAGAGUGGGGACCCUUUCUUCAUCCCUGCAUUUCUCUCCACAUACAGAAGGUUUGCCACCACCCUGCAGGUGCUAAAUCUGCUGUUCAAACGCUAUGAAUACUUCCGCCCUAAUUCUGAAGAGGAUGAACAAGUAAAGAACACCCUCUGUAGCUUCCUGAACACAUGGAUGGACAAGAACACUGAGGACUUCUGUCAGACCUCAGACCUGCUCCCUCUAAAUUAUCUGAAGACCUACUUGAGCAUGAACAUGCCAGAUUCGGAUCUUAAUGUCCGUGUCACUAGGCUCCUGACCCAGUUGCAGAAAGAACAGGCCAAUGUUUCACAGGCCAAAGAUGAGUAUGACUCAGAUCUGGAGAGCAACACAUCCUCAUACCCAGAGCUUGAAGGAUAUUGACUAGCAGGGAAAACAGCCAUUCUGGAACCAGAACCAACUUGUGUACCAGAGCUGGAGAGCACAAAAACCACCAGAAGUUUCUGUGACCCAUGUUUAGCUAGAGCCAGAUGUGUCAGCAGCUGUCUAGCCAGCACACCUGAUAACUGCUGCGGAACCUGUAUCUCAGCAUGUCUGUAGAUACAGUGUAUUUUUCAUAUAUCACACCCUUGUUAAAGUGGGUCUACCUACUUAGACAAUGGCCCUGUCAUCCCUUAUCCCUUAUUUGAUUCUAUCUAGACAGCUCCACUUUUCCUGCCCCACAGAAUCACCCCUGGUUUCAGUCCAGCAGCAGUCCAGGCCCCACAACCAGCCUUCCCCUCCCCUGAGAAAUAGCCUUUUUACUCUUCCUAAUCUUUUCAAUGGUGUGUUUAACUAUUGUUUUGAAUACAUUGUUUGUGCUUGUUUCUCCUUGUCUAAAAUAAAACCAAUCUAAUAAUGAGAG